AUUCAUAAACAAAGAAGAACUGUAUUUUUGUGAGGCCAAGGCCGUUCGUUAUUCGGGCCCAAUAAACCCAUUUCUGGUUGUUUGUUCGUCGACCGGAGCACCGAGCACGAUCGCGGGGAAAGAAUGACCAACUUUAGUUCUUAUUCUUUCUUUCUUUCUUUCUUUCUUUCUUUCUUUCAACCUCGUUUUAUUUUGAAAUGACAUCACUAUGUCCUAAUAUUCAUAGUUCUUUUUCUUAUAGUGCACCUUUUCGUUUCAACCUAGCGUUUGAAGUGACCAGUGAGAGUUGGUUUUCCUAAUUUAGAUGAUUUGUGGCUAAGAUAUUUUCCACGAUGUAAUGAUCAUUCAUCACUAACUAUAUAUGUGGACCUUUCUUGCCAGCUCGAUCCACCACUUUGGACUUGUUGGUGGGUCAUGUAGACAACUUGCAGCUUUAAAUAGAACCAUCUUUUUUUUUCCUGUGUAACAAACAGAAACAAGAUACAUCCGCUUUGUAAUAGAAGAUCUUAGUUUGUCUCCUCUUCUGAUCCUCCAUUGGAUAUAUUUAAAGUAACUAGUAAACAUUUCAUGUUCAUAAAUAAAGAAAAAUACUUUAGAUGCAACAUGAAGUCUUCUUCUACAUCAAAUUAACAUGGAGACAUACACAAAUGAGGAGCAGAACCCCAACGCCUCUCCUCUCCCCAAAUGGAAAGCCUCAAAAAUCUGUUUCUGAGUAUAACUGGAGUGAUGCAGGAACUGUUGCCAAGGUAAGGAAUGUCUCCACCAUCGGAGCUAUCAAACGUGCAGCCAAGAAAGUAGUAGGAGUCUUUGCUUUUAUUUUCACAGGACAGAAAAAGCUAAAGCCUGGAGAAUGUCGAUCUGAUCCUGGAGACUGCAGCAACCUUGAUAGAGAAUCUACAUUGUCAGGGUGGUCUGGUUAUUCUACACCAAGCUCUUAUGGAGGGUCAAAAGUUUCAGGUCAAUAUAGAUUUUCUGGUUCAAGAUUCAAAAGUCCUGGCAGAGACUCUUCUUCUAGCAAGAGUUGGCACCAUGGCCCAGUAAUCUUUUCAUUUGCGGAGCUUCAGAGAGCAACCGCAAAAUUUUCAACCGUUCAUCAGAUCGGAGAAGGCGGCUUUGGAACUGUUUUCAAAGGAAAGCUUGAUGAUGGAACCUUUGUUGCUAUCAAACGUGCAAGAAAGAACAACUAUGGAAGAAGCUGGUUGCGAGAGUUCAAGAAUGAGAUAUACACUUUGUCAAAGAUCGAGCAUAUGAAUUUAGUAAAGCUGUAUGGAUUCUUGGAACAUGAAGAUGAAAAGGUUAUUGUUGUGGAAUACGUUGGCAAUGGAAACCUAAGAGAACAUCUAGAUGGUUUACGAGGUAACCGCCUUGAAAUGGCUGAACGUCUUGAGAUAGCUAUUGAUGUAGCUCAUGCUUUGACCUAUCUCCACACAUAUACAGAUACUCCAGUUAUACAUAGAGACAUUAAAGCAUCAAAUAUUCUCAUCACGGAGAAGCUAAGAGCAAAGGUGGCAGACUUUGGAUUUGCUCGUUUGGUUUCUGAAGAUCCAGGUGCUACUCAUGUAUCAACUCAGGUCAAAGGAUCUGCAGGCUAUGUUGAUCCUGAUUACCUCAGGACGUUUCAACUUUCAGACAAGAGUGAUGUUUACUCUUUUGGUGUUUUGCUUAUAGAGCUUGUCACUGGAAGACGUCCCAUUGAGUUAAAGAGACCACGCAAAGACCGCCUCACGGUUAAGUGGGCAUUGAGUAGACUCAAAGACGGUGAAACUGUUCUUGUUAUGGAUCCAUUGCUCAAGAGAAACCGAGCUGCAAUAGAAGUGGCUGAGAAGAUGUUGAGACUGGCUAGAGAAUGUGUUGGUCCAACGAGAGGUACACGCCCGGCUAUGAAAGAAUGUGUGGAGAAGCUGUGGGGUAUAAGGAGAGAUAUGAAAGAGACAAUUCUUGUUUCUUCCCCUUCUGUUUCUUCGUCUUCUUCAGCAACACAUAGCUUCGCUGGUCGUGAUUCAGACAGAUAUGCAUUGCCGAAGAUUAUAGACGAUGAGAAUAGCACUGAGUUACUCUCUCCUUGACGACACCAAUUUGUAAAAACAUGCCCUUUUUUUUUUGUUUUACCUACGAUGAAUAUAAAUACAUACAUGAAGACUGUAAGUUCUUUUCUUUGUUUGUUAUUUGAUUUUAUAUAUUGAAUACAUUCAUAUAUAUGAGACUCGGAAGAGGAAAGUCAAAACAUGAUUUUGUACCAUCA